UACCGAUGGCGGGCUCGCGCUGUGAAGUUGCGCGCAAGUGGCGCCAUCACGUGAGCAGAGUCGACAAGGUAGCGGAUGCAGUUCGAAUUAGUCUUUUGAGACGCGACCGUCGUGGUGAACACACGUCUCCAACGUGAACAGGCGCGCUUAAUUAUUAUGAACUGUGUAACGUUAUUAGGCAACUUUAUAGUGAUCUCUCGUGAUACUAAACACGGCUACACAUCCCAAUUCUUCUCCGGGAUGGGAUAGAAUACCUCUUUCGUUAGAAUUGGACCUGUGAGAGGUGAUGGCGUUAAGAAUUUGAAAUCUGUUUUUUAUUACGAUGCAUUGCAUACGGCGAUGCGAAUGGCGCAGGAUGAGGAGCAGCCGUAAAGUGGUGGCAUCAUCAUGGUAUCAUCGUGGCAGCACGUGGUAAUCCAGCCGCAGCACUGCCGAAGACCUGAACCAUCUUGUCCAAUGGUUCUUUCAUCGGAUCUUAUAAACCUUGGACAACAAUGGACGUCGACGACUCCGCUGUGGAUCUCAGCGUCAGGUCUUUACCUCCGGAGUUGAGUGAGCUCCGAGCAUUGACUGCCAGCGGGCUGACUAUAACACCAGCACAACCACCUCCACCGGGCUCGUCAGGCAAGCGCGUGCUGCGUCCGCGCGGCGAGGCCCGCAGCUACGCGGAGAGCCCCGACAUCGUGCUGCUGCCCGCUGCGCCGCCGCACCGCAAGCCCGCUGCGCCCGCGCCCUUCUCUGACGUGAGCAGCAAGUUGAACUCUGGCUCGGUGAACGUGUCGAUCACUCCGAGCGCUGCGCCGGAGUCCCCGCGCGAGCCGCGGGACGACGAUGACUCUGAUGAGGAUGAGAAUGACCCGCCGCUGCCCGUUGCUCCACACCGGGAGCUGUCGAGCGCGGAGAUAUGGGAACGCGAGCGUCGGCUGCGUGCGCUGCGGGAGAAGCUGCGCGCCGAGGAGACGCGGCUGGUGCUGCUGCGGAAGUUACGGCAGUCACAGCACCACCAGCCGCUGCCGCACAAGGCGGAGGCGGUGAGCGGCACCGCGCUGGCGGGGUCGGGCUGCGUGGUGCCGCCCGGGGUCACCGUCACGCCCGCGCCGCCGCCCGCGCACCAGAACAAGCGCUCCAGCGCGGCGUCCCCGGCGGGCGCGGGCGGCCCGCGCCGCACGUCCAGCCUGCCCGGCGGCGCCACGCUCACGCCGGGGCCCUACCGCUCGCAGUCGUCCGGCGGUGGUGGCGCCAGCAUCACGCCGUCCGUCACCAUCACGCCGGCGCCGCCUCCCGCCACACACAACGCCACCAACAAGGCGAGCUCGCGCAGCUCUGAGGACACGCAGACGCCGGCGCAGCGGCAGGCCGCCGCCAAGCUGGCGCUGAGGAAGCAACUCGAGAAGACCCUGCUGCAGAUCCCGCCCCCCAAGCCGCCGCCGCCGGAGAUGAACUUCAUCCCGUCGCCCAGCAACACCGACUUCGUGUACCUGGUGGGGCUCGAGCACGUGGUCGACUACCUCACCAACGAGGACCGUCCGGGAAAUGAAAAGAUGCCGCGCUCGUCGGUGCCGGCCGUGUGCGCGCAGUGCGGCUGCGACUUCACGCCCGUGUGGCGCUGGGAGCGGCCGCCCGCCGCGCCCGCGGGCCGCGCCCGCCACGACGCCACCUUCAGCCCCGCGCCCGCCGGCCGCCGCCUGUGCGAGCUGUGCGUGUCGGGCAACGUCAAGCGCGCGCUCAAGGCGGAGCACACGGCGCGGCUGAAGACGGCGUUCGUGCGCGCGCUGCAGCAGGAGCAGGAGAUCGAGCGCCGCCUGGCCGCGCCCGCCGCGCACGCCGCGCCCGCGCCCGACCCGCCGCCCGCGCACGCCGCGCCGCGCCCCGCCAUGCAGAUGUCGGUGUCCCGCUCGUCCCCGCGCGCCGCGGCGCCCCCCGCGGCCCCCGCGCAGCCCCCGCCCAAGCCCGCGCAGCCCGCCAGUAGAUCUUCCGUUAGCAGACCGAUGUCCUCGUCGGAGUCGCUCCGCAGCCACCACGCCGACCGCCGCGACCCCGCCAGCGAGGUGCCCGCCAAGAAAGGUAAAGGUUCGUCCUCCAGCGGCGCAAGUCAGGGCAGCUCCAGCAAGCAGCACCAGCAACUGGCAGCGGCGGCGGCGGCACAGAUGGCGUUCGAGCAGCACAGCGCGGCCGCCAUGCAGGCGCUGCAGCACCAGCUGCUUAGAGGCCUGUCGGGCUCCGGGUCCGGCGGCGGCAUGUCCCCGGCGGCGGCAGCAGCGGCCAUGAUGCAGUUCUCACCGCUGCUGUACACCUACCAGCUGGCCAUGGCGCAAGCUUCCGCCCUCGGAAAGAGAUCUGGUAAAGGCGGAUCCAGCUCCAGCGGUGGCGGCGCGGCCAUGGCGGCCGAGAUGCAGCGCGUGGCCGAGGCGCAGCGCCAGUACCUGCUCGACAUGAUCCCCGGGCAGCAUGCGCGCAACCCGUGGACCAAGAACUAGAUUUCACGCGCCCAGAUACAGCGUAUGCAGAAAUAGUGACGCAUUCAGGAUGUUUAGUAAAUUAAGCUAUUAUUAAUAAAUAACGUUUUUAAACAUUAACACUUUCAAGGACAGAACGCAGGCGAUGUCCCCCAGAUUCCAAGUGUUUAGAACCAUUGAAUGAAUACCAUAACAAGACCCGAGAUCUGUAUCCGUGAAAGUGUUAAACAUUUUACAUUAAUAUAAUUAUAGAUCAAUGAUUACUUGCACAAGAAUAAUACGUAAAUCGAAUAGAGAAUUAAGUUACAGUAAAAUUAAUGAAUAAAUAAGUCGCUGUGUGGAAGUAUUUUUAAGAGAUUUGAUCAUUUUGUAUGGUGGGUUUUAAGUAAUCAAUAA